AUGGCAAGCCAUCGAUGCCUUUCUGGAGGCUGUUCUUGCGGACGCAAUAAAUACACAGUUACAGUUCCCCACGACGCGUCGCAAACAGCACAGGUGUUUUUCGACAGCAGCUCGACUAAUCGGCGGUCCCAAGCAACACCUCUCUCCGCCUGGCUCCGCAUCCCUCUAUCCUGGUACCAAUCCAGCACCUUCGCCUUCUUCUCCGACGAAUCCCACUCCUCGAUCCGAAGGUCGUAUACUGCUCCUGACGAACAAAAUGCCAAACGCGCGUUCUGCGGUUUCUGCGGCACGCCGUUGAGUUAUUGGGCCGAGUCACCCUUAACAGACGAAGCCGACUAUAUAUCCGUCACGUUAGGCUCGCUGAGUAGUGCGGAUCUACGCGAUUUGGAGGAGAUGGGUUUGUUGCCUGCGGAGGCGCUGAGUGAUGCUGAGAGCGAGAGGGUGCAGAUUAUGAAUGCGGCAAAUCUUGGGCAGAAGGGGGUUGAGGAGUAUAGUACUGAGUUGCCGUGGUUUGAGACGUUGGUUAAGGGGAGUAAGUUGGGGAAGAUGAGGACGGGGAGGAGGAAGAGUGGUGGGGAUGGGAAGUGGACUGUUGAGUGGGAGGUUGUGGAGUGGACUGCUGAGGAUGAGGAGAGUGGUGUUAGUCCUGCGAAACGGAAAGCUGGGGAGUUGGAUGAGGGGGUUGAGAGGAUGGAGCAUUGA